AUGGACCCAAUAGCUCGUCACAACCUCUUCACUACAGCCGAGCACGCGGAUAUCCAUCGUCAGGAUCGACGUGUCGCUUUCUCCAAUACUCCUACCACGUACGUGAUUGCCCAUGAGCAAACUUGCAAGCAGAGGAAUGAGCAUGCAGGUACUCCGUCCCUGUAUCUCCAGUCGCAUGCUGAGAAGUUAGAUUUAAUAUCACUUGAGGGAGCUGGGAUGGAGGAGCAUGUGGGAUAUACUUCUGUACUUGCAUCCACUUCUCAACCCAAGCCUAAGCUCGAAAUAUCAACACGAGCAGUAGAUCUACAAACAAUCGCUCCAUUAUCAAACCCCGUACCCAAAACAGCAAGACCCAGCCGGUUCACAGAGGUCUUUUCACCCCAAAGCAGUCUACGUGAUCCACGGCCACGUAGUUCGAGUAUCCUUCUCUCUUCCUCGUUGGUCCUUUCAUCCAGCCAGCCGGUCCGAGUUCUUCGCCUUGCAAGCACUACUUUUGAUAACAUGCUCGCUCCUGGGCAGCAUUCUACCUGGCAGCACGAGGAUCAUGUAAAGUGGCAGGCGUCGAUGCGUGGUAGGGCGAUCACGGGCUUGGGCAAGGCAAAGGAUCAUUUGCGACGGGUUAGACAAGGGUUUGGGGGGAGUUUUUCUGGUAGCAGGAGGAUUUUGAUGUCUGGUGGGUAUUUGGUGUGA